CACACCAGUGAGUAUGUCUUAGCGGCGCACUGUGUCACGGACGCACAAUCGAAUUAGAGCACCAAACGGCUCACUUUGGCUUUGUGCCUUCUAGAAUGCUGUAGCUUUUUCUCGCAACCAAGACUUUCAUUCUCCAAGCGCCUCCCAUCAGACGUCCAAUACCAGCAAAUGGCAGAGUUCAUCCCAGGAAGUGAGCAGGAGAGCUGGAGGCCAGAGGUCAUUCCCACGGUGUCAGACCCGGUCCUGACUCAGCCGGGUCUGGGCGUCACCACGACGACCAUCACAACAAUCUCACAGACUGGUGGAGACUGGAGCACCGAGCUGUUUGACGUCUGCAGUGACAGAACCAUAGGGAUUCUUGGAGCUUUUGUACCGUGCUGUUUAGACCUAAGUUUGGCUCACCAGUUUGGAGAGAGCUUCUGCCUGCCUCUCCUGCCCGGCUCCACACUCGCACUGAGAGUUGGAAUCAGAGAAAGGUACAAGAUCCAGGGCAGUGUCUGUGAUGACUGGACCACCGUGUGCUGCUGUUACCCACUGGCCCUGUGUCAGAUGAAGAGGGAGAUGACGAAGAGGAUGAAGACAAAGACCUACCAUGUGAUCACAGCUUUGGACAGCUCCUGAAGCAGCCCCAAAUAACAAAAACAGGACAGAGAAGAAGAAGAAGAAGAGGUGGCUGCUAUGAAAAGUAUGAAGAAUCGAUAGAGGCUCGAAACUGACUAUGGAAAUGCCAGGUGUCUUUGGGUUAUACAUGAAAAUUCUCACGAGCUACUUUUAAAAUAAGGACACUGAAAGAAACAUUGAAGUUGAAACCAGGACGUUAUGCUGUUUAAAUCUUCACUUGAAACUAUUGGAUUCAUUCUAUUGAGUUUUUCUAUUUCUUUUUAUUUAUUCCUUCUCUUCAGCACUUGUUGUUUUUAAGUACGUCAUAAAUAAAGUUGGACUGGUUACAUUUUCUCACUACAUAUCUAUGCAAUACAUCUAUUUAUUUGUAGAGGGCUUAUCAAAGAUGCUUUACGAAACACAUUUAUAAAACCAGGCAAAAGAGCAAUAAACAAAUAAUACAAGAAAUCAUUUUCCCAAUACAUCAUAUUCUGAAAGUUAGGAGCUGUCAAAAUCAUAUUCAUAUCAGAAAUUCAAUUUGUCAGCUGGACAAAAGUUUAUUAUGGUUAUAUUUCUCAACUCAUCCAAGCUGUUUCUUCAGUUGUGGUCAAAAUGCUGGUGGAAACUUCGUUUUAUCUGCCUGCAGGGAGGAGCUAACUACAAUGAAACUACUCUGAAAUUAACACACCUACUUGUUUACAUUAUUCAUGUUGUAUUGUUAUUUACAGGGAUGCUGAUCCUUACAGAAAAUAAGUUCUACAUGUAUUAUAAAGUCGUUUUAAAGUCUCA